UUCUGACAGGACUUUCGGUCUACAUACUUAUCUCCUAAAAUGACUGACGAUCACCUACCUUCAACACGAUACCGUCGACCACCUUUUCUUUUGAUUCUCACCGAUUUUGAUUGACAUAUGUCAAUCUGUCUAUACCUGUACAUUUCUUUGUGUUUUUUCAAGGAAUGUCCAUCCGGACUUCUCAAACCUCUAUCUUGGAUACGAUACGAGGCAUUGCAUACAUAUCACCGUCCUUUGCUUUUUCCUUUUCUUUUCACUUUUAUCACGGCCAGCAGGCGUUUCAGUUUCAUUUACAGCACAGGAGAUACCAACUUUGUAUCUUGUACCGAUUAAACGGCGCAUGUGGGAUUUAUUCAUUUUAUUUGGUUGUUCGAUUGGUUGGGUGGUGCUUAGGGCUAAAGCCAAGGAUUGAGGCGUUCUUUAUCUUUUUAUCUUUCUUUUUUGUGUGGAUUUGGUUUUUUCUUUUCUUUUCUUCUGAUCUUUUUUUAUUUCACUUCACUUCAUUUCUCCCUGCCAAUGCGGUAUUGGAGGAGGCGGGUCCUAAUUGAUAAUUUGGUAGAUUUAUUUAACAAGAGAGCAUACAUAUGCGACUUCAUACACUUAGACUCAGCUACCAAUAAACCCUUAAGCA